UCUCCUCGGAUCUGCUGACGUGUCUGCAGCGGCUCCGUGAUCAACAGCUGCCAGCAUCAUGGCUGCACCGAGUCCCUGUUUUUAUUCUGUUUUAAUGCUCGUUCUCUGCGCGUGUUUUCCUCCGAGCUGUGCAGAGCGGCGCUUCUCGGACCUGAAGCGAUGCGCUGAUGAGGACUGCAGCAUGCUUCUCUGCCGAGGGAAGGCUGCCAAGGAUUUCACGGGGCCGGACUGUCGGUUUCUCUCUUUUAAGAAAGGAGAGACGAUAUAUGUAUAUUAUAAACUCUCAGGGCAGAGAUCAGACCUGUGGGCUGCUAGUGUUGGAAACCACUUUGGUUAUUUCCCAAAGGACUAUCUUAUUAUAAAUCAUAUAUAUACUGAAAAAGAAUUGGAGGUACCCACAGAGGAAACAGAUUUUGUUUGCUUUGAGACUGGUCUUGAUCAAUUUGAAAGCUACGACAUUGAUGUGUUAUUAGGCAGCACAAUGUUGCUAGAAAAUGAGAAUUCAACAGAAGAAUCGAAAGAACCAGCUCGGAAUGAAGAUGCAUCUCAAAUGACAACAACAGAAUCAGUGGAACCUCUUGAAUCUGAGUCAUUCGAUUCAGAAUCAACAUCGAUACUUGAAUCAGAGUCAGUAGAUUCAGAAUCACUUCAUGAAUCUGAGUCCGUAGAUUCUGAAUCUACAUCGCUUCUUGAAUCGGAGUCAGUCGAUUCUGAAUCAACAUUGCUUCUAGAAUCCCAUUCAGUCGAUUCAGAACCAACAUUGAUACUUGAUACAGAGUCAGUAGAUUUAGAAUCAUUUCAUGAAUCAGAGUCAGUCGAUUCUGAAUCAACAUCAAUUCUUGAAUCACAGUCAGUAGAUUCAGAAUCAGAUUCACUUCUAGAAUCAAAGUCAGUUGAUUCAGAGUUAAAAUCGCUUCUUGAAUCCAAGUCAGUAGAUUCAGAAUCAACAUUGUUUCUCGGAUCGAAGUCAGUAGAUUCAAAGUUAAAAUCACUUCAUGAAUCAGAGUCAAUCGAGUCUGAAUCAACAUUGCUUUUUGAACCAGAGUCAGUAGAUUCAGAAUCAAAAUCACUUCUAGAAUCAAAUUCAGUAGAAUCAGAAUUGCUCCAUGAACCACAGUCAAUCGAUUCUGAAUCAACAUCGCUUCUUGAAUCAGAGUCAGUAGAUUCAGAAUCAAAAUCACUUCUAGAAUCAAAUUCAGUAGAUUCAGAAUCAGAAUCACUCCAUGGAUCAAAGUCAGUCAAUUCAGAAUCAACAUUCCUUAUUGCAUCUAAGGCAGAUGACUCAGAAUCUGUAGAAGCUCCUGAAAUCGAGACAUUACAAAAAUCUACUGAAGAGGACUCUGAUGGCUUUCAGCCAGAGAACGAUGUUUCAUCAGAACCAACGACUGAAUUUAAAGAUGCACUAACAGAAGAGAACGAAGGUAUUUCAAUAGGCCAAGAUGCUGAGGUCAUUUCAGAGGAUGUAGAAACAGAACCGUCAGAUCCUGACGCACAAGAUAUUGAUUAUUCUGAGCUUUUGCACAACCAAAGUGACGCUGAUUUUGAGCCACUUGAAACACAAACCGCAGGUUUAGAUGAAGUACAUGAAGAAGCUGCUAAAACAGAGCUAAGUGAUAAAGACAUACCACUACAAACACCAGAGAAAACACUCGAAGAUGAGGACAGGUCAGGCUUUAAAGAUGCUUUCAAAACACAGCAUGAUGGUGAAACGCAAGCGAAUGAAUCACUUCAGGAACUCACCGAAGAAGUUGAAGAACAAGCUGGUCUUGAGGGCACUCAUGCACAAAGUGAUUUUGAAGUACUGGCUGAUGCAGAUGAAGCCAUUGACGUCAAAAUCCCAGAAUCUUCUCAUCCGUCUCCAAAUGCUAAAACCGCUUCGAAUAUGAGUCAAGACGUCCCAUCUGAACCAGCAUUGGAAACGGAGUCUACCAAAGCACCACCGGCAUUAAAUAUAAGUGAAAUCACUAAAGAAGACAAUCAAGAGGAGUUAGACGUUGUAGACGUUCUUCAGAAGGCCAUCAUGGGCAAGAAUGAAAAUGCAAACAUAAACAUAGCAAACGAUCCUCAGGAUGCAGUUACGAAGAAUAGCGAAAAAGUGAGUGAAUCUAAUGGCGGGGAUGAGAAGUUAAAGGAGGAACUUGUUACAGAAAGCUCAGAAACUCUACCUCCAAUUGCCCAAAUGGAUGAACAGAUUGAUAAAGUGAAGAACGAACUCUUGGAUCUACUGAAAAACACACUGGAAGAGGAAGAGGACUUGAAUAAAGACGCCGAAGAGCUUUUAGAAGACGAAAAUGCAAACGCAGCACUUCUUUCUUCUAAAGCUCAGCUCACAGAAGACAUACAUGAACCCAAAGAAAACCAACAACCUGAAGGCGAUCAGUGGGUUGAAUCCCAACAAAGCGCAAACAUUACAAAACAAGAACAAAUCAGAGAAAUUCGUCUUCCUCCCGAGGAGCCCGAGUACAACGAUAACGUGCUGAGGCUCACUAUCUUACGGGAUCACCUGAAGGACGAGGAAAUGGAGCACAUGCAGAAGUAUUUAGAACUUAAGAACCUGUUCAAAAUCGAAGCCAUGUUUUCAGAUCUAGAUCUGGAGAUGAAGUCUGCGAGAGAGCUGCAGACGGACACGGAGGAAAUCGAGCAAACGCUGGACCAGAUCAUGGAGGUCUCGGAGAACUCGAUUCUCGAUGCCACAGAGGACAUAUUCAAUGAAAGAGACCAGGAAUCUCAGGGACACGGACAGCAGAAGGAACCGGAAAUGUAUGAUGUUGAAGCUGCCAUCUUAGACGCUUUCCAGGAGAUCAUUUUCACUUUACGACAGAAAUAUUCAGCAGCCAGUGACAGCGCACCGUUGGUCGAAGAAGAACAUCUCGCUUCUGAAACAGAUGAAAAAAUGGGCUCUGAAGAGGUGAAUGGUUUGGACAGUAUCAUCAAAAUGACCGAACCACAUCAGAGCCCUGCGAUGCAUGAGGAGCAGAACGAAUCUGAAGUGAUUCUGAAUUCUGAAUUAAAUGUGAACAAAGACCUGUCUCACAGUAAAGACGUGGGUCUCCGGGAGGAUGGGGGCCAUUUCAACAGAAAUAAAGAUGCUCAGAUAGGGUUCGAGGAUGCAGAGGAGAUUCAGAAGGGACCUCGUGCUAUUUUAGAGAACCCAGUGGACAUCGGCUUUCACUUUGAAGUGGAUCCAUCCUCAGGUUCACUGGAGUCUCCGAGCGUCUCUGAUUUCUGCGACACUGAAGCAAGCGGCGUUUCCUCCAGCUCAUCGACUGCAGAUGAACUUUGGGCUUCAGUGCUUCUCAUCAAAGAAUAUCUUGGAGUUUAUGGAGAAAUUCUGAUCAGUGCUCUUCCGGAGGAAUGGCGGCCGGGAUCCACGUUCCUCGGCGUCCCCUGGGAGCCGCUGGUUUUUACAGCGGUGUGUGGUACCUUUACAGUACUGAUGUUCUUCUGGAGGACGGUUCUCGCUAUCAAAGGCAGAAGCUAUCAGUUAACUGAAAAGCAGCUCCGAGACAAGAUCCAGCAGCUUCUCAACGAGAAAUCAGAUGCUGUUAACAAGAUCUCAGAACUGAACGACAUGAUAAAAGAGCGUGAAGUACGGCUGAAAAACUCUGAGAAAUCAAUGAGUUCCAGUCAACAAGAAAUGAAAGUGCUGAAGAACCGUCACCAAAUGCUCCAGAGUCAGUGGGAGCAGAUGUCUGCCAGCAUUUCACAGUUCAACCAGAAUAUAGCAGACACACAGGAAGAAAACUCAAAUCUCCGUGAGAAGAUUGGCAAAAUGCACCAGAGAAUCGAGAAAUACCAGAAAACGCUGAAGAGCUUUGAUGAGGAGCGUGCAAAGGUCCAUGUCCUCAUGGAUGAAGCCAAACUCAGAGAAGAUGCCUUCAAGGCUCAGGUUCUGUCUUUCGAGAAGGAAAACGGCGCUUUAAAAGAGCAGAAGAAAUCUCUCCUCCGUGAUGCUAAAGACUGGCAGGAGAAGCACAGGAGACUGAGCGAGGAGAUCCGAGUUUACCACAAAUCCCAGAAAGAGCUGGAAGACUCUCUGGUGCACAAGGAGAACGAGAUCGACGUUUUGUCCAGCUGUAUUGCAGAGCUCAAUCGUCUGGGAGCUUGUGAUCCUGAAGAACUACAGAAAGAUGAUGCUGAGAAGAAGAUGGACAGCAUGAGACUGCGAAUCACACAAAUGAUGGACGUCUCCAGGAUUAAAGUGACUCUCAGUGUCAUUGAAGAUGAGAGGAAUCGCUAUGUGGAAACUCUUCUCGCCGAACAGAAAGCCAGACAGGAUCUGGAGGAGCAAUAUCAGAAGGCUAUGCAUGCCCAGAUGAAUCUGAACAAUGAGAAAACGCAUCUGAAGAACCAGCUGAAGACCCUGCAGCAGAGGCUGGAGAUCACCACUGAACUCUACCAGCAGAAAGAGAACGCACUGCAGCAGAAACUGACUCAGGAGGAGCUGGAGAAGCGUGAGAAGGAGACGAAGCUGUCGGAGGUGGACAGUAAAGCUCUUCUCUCUGACGAGGAGCUGAGGGCCUUGAAACAGAAGAUCAAGGACAUCGAGGAGGAGAUGCAGCAGAACGAACGCUCUCUGAAAGCCGAGGUGGCCAUCCAGGAGAAGAAAGCCCAUGAGAACUGGUUGAAAGCCCGCGCCUCUGAACGAACUCUGGUGGAGGAACGAAGAGAGUCGGCCGUCCUUCAUCAGAAGCUUGUGGAGUACAGAGAUAAGAUAUCAGAGCUGGAGCAAAGUCUGUUCAAACUCAGCUCUGGAGCUCCAGAGCAUCACAUACGCCGAGGUGAUUUGUUCGGGCCGUCUCCUGUGAGUGGGGGGGCUCCCUCUCCUCCUCUAAUGAUAGAGGGUCCCGGACGCCCCCCGUCUGCACCUGCAGAGCGACGGGGCGAACCUUUCGGUCCACGACCCCUGUCUGACCCUCACGGACGCUUCUCAGACCUCGGACACCCGCUGCCAUCCAGACCAGAAAUGUUUCCUGCGAUGACUUCAUCUCCCUGUGCACGUGAUGAACCGAUGCUCUCCAAGUCUCAGAGUCAGGGAUCCUUCUUGCCGUCUCUGAUCCGUGAUUCUCCGGUUCCUCCACCAAAGUCGUACGGACCCCCAGUCAUGCCUCCCAAUGGACCGCCGCUCCCACCCAUGAUGAUACGACCUCCCAAUGACCUUCCGCCCAUGAUCCCACUCGAGCCGCGCUUCAGACCUCCACCCUUGGACUCGUACGGCCCUUCUCCUCCUCCCAUCGGCCCGUUUGGACCCGUACCGACACCGUUUGGACGAGGGCCACCGUUGGGAUCGCUCCCCCCUCCUCCUCUCGGACCACGGGACGUCCCUCCAGAAUUCUUCCCCCCUCGCCCCUUCCCCCCCGGAGCCAUGGUCCCGCCUCUAUACGGUGGGCGUGGCUUCCCGGGACCCCCUCCACUGAUCCCCCAGCGCUCCAGAGACAGCGAGGGGAACGUCACACCAGCCAACGGGGCGCCAACAGACACGUCCCAUCAGAACGACGAACCUUGACACGAGAAACUGAUUCUGUUCAGGGUUUACCCAUCAAAAUCAGGUUUGGCUAGAAAAACAAAAAUAACAACACAUUUGUGACAGAAAUAAUGAGGGUUUUGAUUUUAUACGUUAGCAAACCUUUCCUAUGGAAAUAGUUUGAUUUAAUAUGCAUUACUUUUUUUGUGGUUAAAUUUUAAUCUCUACCACUCGACCCAGUGCUGAUGCAUUCUGGGAUGUCGAGCCGAUAUUCAGGCACGUCGUGAAGCCAUUUCCUCAUUCCUUUAAUGUGAGAGAACAUGUUUUUAUGCCUUUUCACUAUUUUUGAACAACCAUAUUA